AAAUUAGUUGGGUUGCAAAAGCCACUUUUUACUAAUUUUAGGACUCGUUUGGUUGGAGAACACAUAAUCUCGGAAUAACUUAGUCGCCCCUCAAUCUUUCGCCAUAUCCACCCUCAAUGUUUUGUGAUUUUAUCUCAACUAAAUGCGGAGCAAAUUCAUCUUAAAAUUAAUUUCAAAGAUUAGUUAUCUGUUUAUUCCUUCGUACCAACUUUUACCAAACGGGCCCUAAAAGGAAGAGAUAAUAUACACACACCGUCCAUCAUACAAAUUAACGUGUCCAAAAACCCAAACGACGCCGUAAAUUUCUAGGGUUAAGGCCGUAGACGGUGGUGAUUUUUGUGAUUUCUAGGGUUUAGGCCGUGCAAAGACGACGACAGAGGAAAAUGAAGCCCGUAGUAGGAACGGUUGUUUCAAAUAAGAUGCAGAAAUCGGUUGUUGUAGCAGUGGACAGAUUGUUCCACAACAAAGUUUACAAUCGAUAUGUUAAAAGGACAUCCAAAUUCAUGGCGCAUGAUGAAAAAGACGAGUGCAAUAUCGGUGAUCGGGUUAAGUUGGAUCAUUCAAGACCACUAAGCAAGCGUAAGCACUGGGUUGUUGCUGAAAUCUUAAAAAGAGCAAGAAUUUAUGUGCCUCCAGAACGAACAGCCACUGCGACAUUCAACAAGACUGAAGCUCCUUCCCCUAAUGCUAGUUAGAGCUGAAAGAGAAAUAGUUCAACAAGACUCAGAACUUUUUGCUCAUUUCUAAACUUUUUGAUGUUUCUGGUCUGCUUCUGAGAAACAAGUAGUACACAUGUCAACUGCUGUUUCGGGAGAUUGAAUACCGGUGUCUAUUGAUCAAUACACCCGAACAACCAAACUAGGAGUUAGUGAAAGGCUCUAAGGCAAUAAGAACUCAUAAUAUUUACAUGUCCUGCAAUUGCCUUAUGUCUUUUUCCAUUGGAUUGAAUCUAAACUCGCACCACAUUAUGUUUCUGGUUCUGCUUUCAUUAUCAGACAUGAAUGUCAUUUCAUUUUUUUGUUGUGAA